GCUAAAAACACAGGGCCCAUCGUUAGUUUAGCGAGCUAGCUGCUAGGAGGAUAUCAUGUCAUUGAACGAGUGUGUCAGUGACCGACUUUUUCCCCUGGUCGUUUUUCUGUGGCUACAGCUAGAGAUGCAGCUGUCAUUUGGUUAGCUAGCAAGAAAUGUGAAUUGCUUUGCUAGCUCGCUAUGCUGAACUUGAACGACUGUUAAUAUCUCUUAGUUGUGAUCAAAUGUAUUUGGCAUUGAUCAAAUGGGCGGGUAGGCAGGGAAGUUCCUAUUCAGUUUGCAAAACAUGGGUUGUGACAAGCAUGCAUUAGCAGGUAAGCUGCAGAAGGACGAGCAGGCUACUAUUCCCCAUCGUUUAUCAGUGCAAUUUUGACUGGCAAAUUGCUGGAAAAGUUUGAGAGUGUUUAUCUAACGUUAAUAUUCCUCGCCCUGGCUAGCAUUAGUUGUUGAUGUGCAUAGGCAACUGAGGGAGUCUACCGUUUCAUGGUUAUUUGAUCAAUAGGACUGUCAAGUUCUCAAAUGUUAAGAGGACUCCUGUGGUUUUUACGUAUUUGCAGAAAUCCAUUCAGAUGGAUUUUUGGCGAAUGCUUUCUAAUGACCUACUGCCUGUUAACACACAGUCCAGUUCAAAGUGAAUAAUGGCAGGCCCAUGUGGCAAAUGGCAUAUUUGAAAAUAGACCUACAGUAGCUCUGAUUGGCUAUGGCGCACUGGUCUGGACAAGACAUGAUUUUAUUAGGUUUUAUUGACUGCCGUGUCUAUUAAUUGUCCCGAAAGCAUGGUGGCUUUCCCACUCUAUAUUGCUAUUGAAUUCUCACAUGUCCCUUACUAUACGUCAUUCCCAAACAUUCUAUGCACUUAUGAAAAAAUCAUAGCUUGUCAGAAAAAAGUAAAAGGCCUCAUAUUAUUCCUGGGGGUGUAUAUGUAUACAAUUUCAGGUUGCUAAAUGCUGUCAGUUCCACUUUAAUGUUUGGUUUUGCCUUGUUCUAGGCCCUGUCAGGUUUUCGUCACAUUCAUGUUGUUGACAUGGAUACCAUUGAUAUCUCCAAUCUCAACAGGCAGUUCCUUUUCCGGUUUGGCUUGCCAUUUUCCCACCUUCUCCUAUGUCCAUUAAUCUAUUACUUUAUGAUGGAUACCAACCUUAGUGUGUUCACGGUUGAUAGAAAAAAAUCUACUGAAUGAAAGAGUCUUAAGAGUUUACUGUUAAACACACACAUCUCAUCUUUAUACCCUGUUUAGGACCAAAGAUGUUGGGCGGCCAAAAGCAGAUGUGGCUGCUGACUUUGUCAAUGGUCGCAUCCCUGGAUGUCAAGUCGUCCCAUAAUUCCAUAUUAUUGUUUGUGGAUUAGAUUCCAUCAUCGCCAGGCGUUGGAUGAAUGGCAUGCUGAUAUCUCUCCUGAACUAUGAGUAUGGUGUUCUGGACCCCAGUUCCAUCAUCCCCCUCAAUGACGGAGGGACGGAGGGUUUCAAAGACAAUGCUCGGGUCAUUCUGCCUGGCAUGACCGCAUGCAUCGACUGCAGCCUGGAGCUCUACCCACCACAGAUUAAUUUCCCCAUGUGCACCAUUGCGUCUAUGCCGCGGUUGCCAGAGCACUGUGUUGAAUAUGUCAGAAUGCUACAGUGGCCCAAAGACAAGCCUUUUGGAGUCCCAGCCUUCAGCUACCCUCAACCUCUCCCACCCACCCCUCCCCAAACUGAUGGUGUUGGUUUGGAUGGGGAUAACCCUGAGCACAUCCAUUGGGUGUUUCAGAGGGCCCAGGAGAGAGCUGUUGACUACAGCAUCACAGGAGUCACAUACAGACUCACACAAGGUGUCGUGAAAAGGAUCAUCCCUGCUGUGGCGUCAACUAAUGCUGUAAUAGCUGCUGCCUGCUCCACUGAAGUUUUUAAAAUAGCUUCAAGCACUUAUAUUCCACUGAAUAAUUAUCUGGUAUUUAAUAUUGUGGACGGACUGUACACCUACACCUUUGAGGCAGAGCGAAAGGAGAACUGCUCAGCUUGUAGCCAGGUGCCCCAGGAUCUACAGUUCCCACCCUCUGCCAAGCGACAGGAGGUCCUGGAGUACUUGACAGAGAACGCCUCCCUACAAAUGAAGUCCCCAGCCAUCACAGCAACCCUGGACGGGAAAAAUAAGACACUGUAUUUACAGACUAUAGCUUCAAUUGAAGAAAGAACUAGACCAAACCUUUGCAAAACCUUGAAAGAACUGGGAUUGUCCGAUGGACAGGAACUAGCAGUGGCGGAUGUCACCACACCUCAGACUGUCCUCUUCAAGUUGAAACUCACCUCUUAAAGGGCUAGUGCAGUCAUAAAUGUGAUUUUCUUAUGUUUUAUCUAUUUUUCCACACUGAGUUUGGAAUAAUUCUGUGAAAUUGUGAAAAUGAUGAUAAUACCCUUUUAGUGUAAGCGUUGUUUGAAAAGAACGCCUGAAAAUUCAGGUAAUUUUGCAUGGGUGGAGUUUUGGCCUGCCUGGCGACAUUACCGGGCGGUGUUAAUAGACCAAUAACAGAGAGUUCCAAACUUCUGCCAAUAACAGCUAGUUUUCAGGUUACAUAUCCCUUCCAUUAAUCUUCUCCAAUUAGCUACCACUCCGAGACAGUCCUAAUGAAAUGAAGCUAUUUUUGUUUCUUUUUUUUUACCAUUGUUUUCAAUUAAAAUCACAGUAAGGUACUUAAUUGAAUUUAAUUGUUACCCAGAAAUAAUUUGAUAUUGAGAUAAAACACAACUGCAUUGGACCUUUUAAAAAAAUGCAGAAUCUGUCGACAUUUGACAACCUUUGGGGAGAAAGUAGCAAGUGAUACAGGGUGGCAUGGUUUUAAUAUAUUUUAGUCUGAUAAUGUAUAUAAGAUCAUUUUCUCUGUCGUAUUGGCCCAUUGUGGGAGGUAGCUGAUGGCCAUCAACCUUCUAUAUCACUAUAUGUGGAAUCAGUCUGUGAAAUUGUUUCUUCAUGUUUUACUGCUAAAUGUUUGCUCCAAA